AUGCCGUCUCCGAAUCAGUCUCAAAUUUCAACGAUUCUUGCUGAAUUAGGAUGGAAUGAAGCUCACGCAAUUCCUGUUGCAAAUGAAGAAAAUCAGAAGCUUAUAAUAAAGCUUGAAGAAUUACAAAACCAAUUGUUUCAACGAAAUAAUCAAUUAGAUCUUGAACAAUCAAAAGUGAAACAAUUAAAAAAUCAUAUGAAAAAUGUACAACAAGAAAUUACAUAUACCAAUACAUUAUGUAAUUUACGUGAUAAAGAAAUUAAUGAAGAAUUACAUCAAAUUAAAUUAAUUGAACGUGAAUAUGAACGUUUAAUACAAGAGAAUAAAAAAAUUUCACAAAUAAAUAAUGAUAUUAUUGAAAAGAAAAGUUUUUUAGAGACAUUAUUUUAUCAAAAAAGGAAAGAAUUAGAAAAUUCAUCAGUACAUAUUGAUUCUGAUAAAACAUCAUUAGAAAAUCUUAUGAAAAAGAUUGGUGAACAUGAUGAAGAUAUGAAAAUUAUUGAAAAAUAUAUUAAACAAGAUAAUACAAAGAUUAAAGAACUUAAUUUAGAAUUGGAAAAAUUAACAAAUAAACGAAAUGAAUUAAAAUCUAAAUUAGAUACAAUUUAUACAAAUACAUUAGUUGAUCAAGUGAAAUAUGAUAGUUUAAGUAAAGAAGUUAAAGAAGCCUAUAUUCAAAGAGAUAGUUUAAUAAAACAAUGGGAAAAUGUAAUUAAUGAAAUGAGACAACGUGAUAUUCAAUUAGAUCAUUUCUCUCAGCGCCUUAAUCAAAUUAAACUUCAAGUUUAUGAACAAAAACAAUUGAAUAAAGAGAAAUUGAAUUUUCUUCAUUUACAAAUAGAGACGAAUUCCGAUGUUCAACAUCAUUUAGAUGAAAUCAUUAAGAAUAUAACACAAUGUAAAGAAGAUUUAACUAAUACAGAAAUAAAACGACAAGAUUUUCAUAGUGAGUUAGAAGCAUUAAAACGUACUGUGGAUAAAGCUGUAAUUGACUUAGAAGCAGCUAGAGUAUUGAAUUCACAAUUAAAAAAAGAAAAAGAAAAGAAAUUACAAAAUCUUGAUAAACUAAAAGAAUCUAUUGAUAAUUCAAUGAAACAAUUAACAUAUGUAACUGAAUGUAAAUUAACCGCUGAACAAUAUGCUAAUGAAGCUGAUAAACAAUUAUCAUUACAAGAAUUCAAUCAUGAAUUCUAUUGUAAACAAUUAAAUAAAUUACGUGAUGAUAAAUUUAAAGUUAAUCAGAAAUAUGAAGAACUUAUACAUGAAGAGAAAUUAUUAAAACAAUCCAUAUCAGGCAAUGAAACAACUAAAAGAAAUUUAAUGUUGAAAAUUGAAUUGUUAGAUGCACAAUUAUUAAAACAACAAGAAGUAUUAUAUCGUCAGGAUUUUACUAUACAAAGUUUAGAAAGACGUAUUGGUAAAAUGACCGGUGAACAAAAUGUUGAACAAUGUGAAUUGAUGGAAAAUAAAAUUAAAGAAUUAACAAAAGAAUUAAAUGAACGAACCAAUACAGUGAAUUUAUUAACAAAUCAAUUAAGAAAUCUUAGUAGAGAAUUACAUCGAAUUAAACGUGAACAUGAGACAUUAUACAAUAAAAAUGAUUUUCUUAAAAAUCAAUUAGAUACAAAUGAAUUAGAAAUGGAUAUUAUGUUGAAAGAAAAAGAAAAACAAUCAUAUAAUUUAAAAAAACUUUUAGUAGAAAAAAAUUUAAAAAAAUUAGAAGUAAAUAAAUUAACAAAAUUAUAUGAACAAUAUACAGAUAAGAGAUAUGAUUUACAAAAAGCUAAUUAUGAAUUAAAUUCAACUAUUAAAGAACGUACAGAACAAAUUAAUUUACAUCAAACAAUGUUAAAUAAACAAAUUAAAAUUAAUACCACUGAAAAUAGUCAAUUAAAUAUUGAAAUACAAGAACGUAAAUCAAAAGUGGAUAAAUUAAUUAAACGUUAUGAAAUAAUCACAGCAUUAAUGGCACCACCAGAAGGUGAAGAAACAAGAAAUCAAGCAUAUUACAUAAUAAGAGCUGCUCAAGAUAAAGAAUUAUUACAACGUAAAGGUGAUACAUUAGAUAAUGAUAUACGUAUAUUAGAACAAGAGAUUAUAGCACUUGAGAAUACAUUAGCUUUAAUGAAUGGUUGUAAUACAGUAUAUCGUAUGAGUUAUACACAAUUAUCAAAUGAUUCAGAAGAGAUAAAACAACAAACACAAUUAAAUGAACAAAUACGUCAAUUGAAUAUUAAAUCACGUUAUAAUCAAUCACGUUUAAAAGAACUACAUGAUUUAUAUAAUGUAAGUGAAUUGUCUUAUGAAGAUUAUGUUUAA